CAGGGUUCGUCGCAGAACAAGAAUAUGUCUGGAAACAAAGAUAACUCCGCUCCCGUCACACACAGAACUAGAUUGGAAAGGCUUCUGCGCGAUAGAGAAGUUAGGAAAUUCAGUAAGAAUUUCAAUCCAACUGAGGAGUUAAGCGAUGGUGUCAAAGAAGCUGAGCUAUUUGCUAAUGAUUCAGUUACAAAAGAAACCGAAACUCAUGGUCCACUUCAUGAGGACACAUCUUUAGAAGAGGUAAAUGUAUGUGAACGGCCUCGGCGUCCCAAACAACGUUUACUGGUGGUUGCCAACAGCCUGCCAGUCUCUGCAAUUAGGAAGGGUCAGGAUUCAUGGAAACUUGAGAUAAGUGUAGAUGGACUAGUCAAUCCACUUCUGGGGGUGAAGGAGUUUGAGGCCAGAUGGAUUGGUUGGGCUGGUGUAAAUGUUCCUGAUGAAAUUGGACAAAAAGCAUUAUCUACAGCUUUGGCUGAAAAGAAGUGCAUCCCAGUUUUUCUUGAUGAACAUAUUGUCCAUCAAUAUUAUAAUGGGUAUUGUAACAACGUGCUGUGGCCGCUUUUCCAUUAUCUCGGACUUCCACAAGAAGACCGCCUUCCAACCACCCGUAGUUUUCAGUCUCAAUUUGAUGCAUAUAAGAAAGCAAACCAAAUGUUUGCUGAUGUUGUAAACAGACAUUAUGAGGAAGGAGAUGUUGUUUGGUGUCAUGAUUACCAUCUAAUGUUUCUUCCCAAAUGUCUGAAAGAAUAUAACAGUAAAAUGAAAGUUGGUUGGUUUCUCCACACUCCCUUUCCUUCCUCAGAAAUACAUAGGAUGCUGCCAUCUCGUUCAGAAUUGUUGAGAUCUGUUCUUGCUGCUGAUUUAAUUGGAUUCCACACUUACGAUUAUGCAAGGCAUUUUGUAAGUGCUUGUACACGUAUCCUUGGACUUGAGGGGACACCUGAAGGAGUAGAGGAUCAAGGAAAGCUGACUCGUGUAGCUGCGUUUCCUAUUGGGAUAGAUUCUGAUCGGUUCAUCAGAGCCUUGGAACUCCCCCAAGUCCAGGAUCACAUUAAAGAACUUAAGGAUAAGUUUUCAGGCAGAAAGGUAAUGCUAGGUGUUGAUCGUCUUGAUAUGAUCAAAGGAAUUCCGAGGAAGAUUUUGGCAUUUGAAGAGUUCCUUGAGGAAAAUCCAGAGUGGCGUGAUAAAGUAGUUCUGCUACAAAUUGCUGUGCCAUCAAGGACACACGUUCCUGAACAUCAAAAGCUCACGAGCCAAGUUCACAAGAUUGUUACGCGUAUUAAUGGAAGAUUUGGAACCCUUACUGCUGUUCCCAUUCAUCAUCUGGAUCGAACUCUUGAUUUUCAUGCAUUGUGUGCACUUUAUGCUGUUACUGAUGUGGCACUUGUUACAUCUUUACGGGAUGGAAUGAAUCUUGUUAGUUACGAGUUUGUUGCUUGCCAAACUUCCAAGAAAGGGGUCCUCAUCCUGAGUGAGUUUGCAGGUGCAGCACAGUCUCUCGGUGCUGGUGCUAUACUGGUGAACCCGUGGAAUAUCACAGAAGUUGCUUCUUCAAUUAGUUAUGCUUUGAAUAUGCCAGCGGAUGAAAGAGAGAACAGGCAUAACCAUAACUUCAGGCAUGUGACAACUCACACAUCACAAGAGUGGGCUGCAACGUUCGUGAGUGAACUCAAUGACACCAUUGUUGAAGCUCAAUUAAGGACAAGACAAGUUCUACCCUUGCUUCCUAUCCACGAUGCAGUUGAACGAUAUUUGCAAUCUAAUAAUCGUUUGCUUAUUCUGGGAUUCAAUGCAACUCUCACUGAACCAGUGGAUAGCUUAGGUAGAAGGAGUGGUCAAAUUAGAGAAAUGGAACCUAGAUUGCACCCAGGACUAAAAGAACCUUUGAAGAAACUUUGUGAUGAUCAAAUGACAACUAUUGUUGUCCUCAGUGGAAGUGAUAGAACCAUUCUGGAUGAAAAUUUUGGAGGAUACAAUAUGUGGUUGGCAGCAGAAAAUGGGAUGUCUUUACGUCUUACAACUGGAGAGUGGAUGACAACAAUGCCAGAAAAUCUCAAUAUGGAUUGGGUUGACAGUGUAAAGCAUGUUUUCGAGUAUUUUACGGAAAGAACACCACGAGCUUAUUAUGAGCUUCGAGAAACUUCUCUCGUAUGGAAUUACAAGUAUGCAGAUGUUGAGUUUGGAAGACUUCAAGCAAGGGACAUGUUGCAGCAUCUCUGGACAGGACCAAUUUCCAAUGCAGCAGUUGAUGUUGUUCAAGGCGGCCGCUCUGUGGAGGUUCGAGCAGUUGGUAUUACGAAGGGUGCAGCAAUAGAUCGUAUUUUAAGACAAAUUGUUCAUAACCAAGGCAUGCGGACACCCAUAGACUAUGUCCUUUGUGUUGGUCACUUUCUGGCGAAGGAUGAAGAUAUCUAUACAUUUUUUGAGCCGGAGCAUCCCAGCGAAUCACCUGGUAUAGUAAGAACCAAGUCUGUGCCAAAAGUUCCAUAUGGUGGAAGCCGUGCCCAGUAUCACCGUCAGAAACAACGCUCCUUGUCAACUUUAGAAGGGAACACUGCGGGAAGUGCUGGUUGGCGGCCAAUUGUUAGUGACAGAGUUUCAGAGCAUGAAGGUUCUUCUAUACUUGAUCUUAAGAGGGAGAACUACUUCUCUUGUGCUGUUUCGCGUAAACAAUCAAUUGCUCGAUAUCUCCUUGGAACUUCAGAUGAUGUUGUGGCACUCUUAAAGCAGAUGGCAGAUUCCUCUUCAUUAACUUGAUUUGCAGUUUCCCUGGUCUUGCCCUUGCAUUGACGUUGGAGGUUUGAGAACUUAAUAAAAGGAGCGUUGAUUGUGGAUAUUUUGCAGAGUCUUUGUCUUGGAGUUAAAGAACAAUUACUUAGCUUUACAUUUUGAUUGAACUCCAUCGGAGAAACUUAGAAUUUUGUAUGUGCUCAUUUUGGGCCAUAUAAUCCGAUUUGUUUAAUGAUAUCACAUUGUGGAAAAAAUUUAAAAAAAAAAAAACCCAGAAACUAUUUUUUAAUAUAAAACAAGAAUA